GGGGAAGUGGGGGUAUAUUUAGUUUGGCCACUUGAAAGAAAAAGUGUUAAUAAAGUUUUAAAUUUUUUUUUUUUUUAAAAGGAAGGAAUUUAUGAAGUUUUUUCAGAGUUAUGUGUUUAGCAAGGACCCAAUUAUACCCAAACUCGAUUCCCACCAUUCACCUCGUUUUCCUCCCAAAAUUUACAAUUGUAAUUAGUUGUUAAAUGUGCUGGAAAUGAAGGGGGGGAUAAAAUGUUAGAAUAUUACAGUAGUGAUGAUCAACGUAUAUUUUCUAACCUUCUUCAAUAUAUAUAUACGACAUACAUAUGAUAUUGGCCUUAAUGCCAAGAAAUCGGGCUCGGGAUACAGUGUGGAUAGAUCAUGCGAUGGGCCAAAAUGGCAAAGUUUUUAAACUAAACAGUUAAAACUGUUAGCAUACUUGAUUCUAACUAUCCGGAACAUUCGGGUUAACUGGCGAUGACCGGAGACACACUUGAUUGUAAGCCGGAAUUGUGCACGCAUCCCGCCGGACGAGCUGGAAAAUUUUGAUAGGCGAUGACGAUCUCGAGUUGGCGUCCUUGGAGACGGUAGUAUCGAGAUUUAUUCUAAGGCAACGGCCUAAUGAUUGUAAUCCAGACAGCAAAGAUUUUUUGCACAAGUGGGCUACAAAAGUUAACACCAGCAUCUUAAAAAAACAUGCAGAUUCGAAAGAUCUUGACAUCAGUGAACUGAUCAGAGAAAUUCUGGAUUUCAAAGAAGCGUCCAGCAGUAGAAAAAGAAAAAGAAUUGAGACGGCAAGAUCAAAGGAGAGUAAAAUUCAGGAUGAUGAAAUAAGCCCUAAAAAGAAGAAAUCCGUAAAAGAUAAAAAUGAGGAACAAAGUUCCUCCAAGAAAACAGAUGAGAAAGUAGAGACUGAGAAGCUUAAAAAGAAAAGGAACACAAAGGAGAAGAAAGAUGAACAUGCUGACAAAUCAAGCAAGAAAACAGGGUACAAUAUGGGAAGAAAGAAACAGACAAAAGAACAGGAGAAAAAGAAAUUGGAAGCCUCUGCAGCAAUUAGCAUGUCAAUGGAGAUAGUGUCUAUGGCAAGUCAGUUUUCAAAAGAUGCUGACACACCAGCGCUAGCUGCACCCAAAGACACACAAAUUGAGCAGGAGAAAGAAGACAUAAACGUUGUUAAAUCUCCCACCAAAAGAUGGCUUCCAAUUACUGAAACAAAAUGUCCACUUACUAAUAGACCAGCACAGACACAAAUUGAACAGGAGAAAGAAGACAUAAACGUUGUUAAAUCUCCCACCAAAAGAUGCCUUCCAAUUACUGAAACAAAAAGUCCACUUACUAAUAGACCAGCACAGACACAAAUUGAACAGGAGAAAGAAGACAUAUUAAACAUUGUUAAAUCUCCCACCAAAAGAUGCCUUCCAAUUACGGAAACAAAAAGUCCACUUACUAAUAGACCAGCACAGACACAAAUUGAACAGGAGAAAGAAGACAUAAACAUUGUUAAAUCUCCCACCAAAAGAUGCCUUCCAAUUACUGAAACAAAAAGUCCACUUACUAAUAGACCAACACCAGUAAAUGAUUUCAGCGAUUCUGCUGUUAAUCACUCGUACAUAGAUAUGCAUUUGAGUCGGCACCACUCAACACCACUGACCGAAACAUGGGGUUUAUGCCAAAGGUCAAUGCAGUUUCCCAUAUCAAAUAACAACUGUCAAAGUCAAGCAGCAACAAACAGCAAUAUUCCAGUUCCUUCUCCACAAGUCUUGGAAACUCUGAGGGGCAUCUUGCUGCCAGACUUUCAGACCUAUGCCAGAGAAUUUCUUGAUCACUUUGGCCAUGCCCAAUAUCAUCAAAAUUACUCCUUUCAACAGAGUAUCUGCAAUCAAACAAAUUACCAAGGCCAAGGUUACAACAGCUUUACUGAAAGCGUAAUGGAGUAUGGAAAUCUGUCAUCAGAGUAUUACAAUUUAUCUCCAAGACGAUCUCCAAGGUUGAUGAAAUCAUCAACCCCUAGACUAUCACAAAGCCCAAAUGGAAUCGUCAAAAGCACAGCACCAAGGAGAUCACUACUCCCUACUCUGUCGGAGGAUGAUGGGGGCAGCGCUACAGUAACAUCAAUCCCAGCCAGCACAGUGACGCCCCAAAUCAGUGUUCCCCACAGUAAUCAAAGAGAGGGUAAUGGAAGUACCACUGAAUCUGGAUCCUACACCCCUGACUGUGAGAGCAGUAAGCAAGUGAAAAUAAAGUUGCUGGAGAAUUGUCUAUUUGAAGUGGAGAAGUUGGCACUAAAGAAAAUUACAGCUAUGGCCAGGAAAAACAUUAAUCCUGGCUAUACAUUGUGUUUGAAGAUGUUGCCUCUUCUUUUCACGGAAGAAGAAAUGGCAAGAUCCAGGGGCCAAGGGUUAAUAAAGCCCAAACCUGGUGACCUGCGACCAUCCCUGGAUAAAAACAAAAUCCUAGCUGUAAAGGAUUAUGUGAAGUCCUGGUGUCGAAAAAACAAUUUUUCUACUCCAUCAGAGGCUCGCCUCAAUGAUGCUAUCACCGAGAAAAUUGCAUAUUGCAGAAAGUUGAUGAAGAAGCACCAGAAGUAGUGAGAUUUAAAUUCAAUGUUUGUGGAAGGACGUGUACUGAUUUUACAACUGUAUUGCCCCCCCCCCUUUAUUUCAUGAAUACUUUGUCUUAUUAUAGUGAAGAGGUACAACUACAGGGAUGGGGUCAAUUACAUUGAUGAUUUUGUUAAUUACUUGCAAUUACAAUUACAUUGAUUUCUUUAACAAUGUAAUUAAUGACUUUCAAUUACUUUGAGGAAUGUAAAUGAAAUACAUUUCAGUUACUGAAGUUUAUAUUUCAAAAUGUCAUCGAAGACUUGCCCACAAAGCCUGUUUUAAUUCAUUUUCAAGCUUUUUGAAGAAUUGUGGUAAAAAUUUGGCUUUGAAUUUUCAAGAUGCAUUUUUGGGACAUGAAAUUCAUCCAAUACAUUUUAAGUCAAUUGUUUAGUUCUGUAUAAUAUCUGAAUGAAGUGAACUCCUUUUUCUACCUGUGCUUAUGUUCUUGUGUAUGAGAGAUGUUCACACCUAUACAAAAUUAGCCCAUUACAUACAGCCCUGGGCACAGUGGCCAUGCUUCACCAAGGAUACAGACAUAAUGAGACAUAACACAUCUAAUUAUUGCAUAAACACUCCAUGACAAACAUUCUAAUGCCAUUAUUGUCAGACUCUUUCAUUCCAUCAUUUUCAAACUUUUAAGAUUUGUAAUUGAAAGAAAAGUCAAUUACAAAUAUAUCCGAUUACUUUAUAAAAAUGUAUAUAAAUACAGCUAAUUACAUUUACAUUUUUCAAUUAACCCAUCCCUGUACAACUAAAUGGGAAAAAAUGGAUGCAAUGAGCUGAUAUAAUUUUUUAUCUUUCUAUUUCAAAUUGGUAUACAUGUAAUUGUCAAUUUUGUGAAAUAUUACAUCUGGUUGUAAGUUUUGUAUAAAGUCCAAAAAAUGUUACAGAUAUAGCACCCCCUUGUAAUUAACCGUUUACAAAUUUACUGUAUGGGACAUAAACUGACAAAUCAUUGGAAAAAAACUCAACUCUACUCCAUGAAAUGUAUUUAGAUUUUAAUAUCACAUGACUAUAAUGUGUCUGUUUUUAUCAGUUUAGAAAUUUGUUUGCAUCCUUAGGAUCUUUAUGAAUUUGUGUUAAUUACUUAUUGAACUACAUAUUACAUGUAUAUUAUUAUAAACAUUAGAAAUAUUUAAAACUACUGUACAUCUGUACAAUCUCCUUUGUUAGUUGUGUGAUUAUUAUUAAUGUACUUGUCAUUUAUUGAUGAAAAAUUUAAGCUGUUACACCCCCAUGAUUGUAUGUAUUGUUAAAUACAGUUCUAAUUUUCAAAUACCUGUCAGUUAUUGUAUUCAUUAUUUUUUCAAUCUUGUAUUCCGUUAUAGGAGUUACUAAAUAUGCAGGCCACAAGUAGACUCCUUAUAAUAUGUAAUUUUUUGCCUUGGCUGUUGAUGAGGCGUAUUGUACAGGCGUAUUUUCGCCAGAGACGUAUUUCCUAGUUGAGGCGUAUUUUCUACAAUUGGAGGGUUUUUGUACGGGUGUAUUUUCGCUAGAGACGUAUUUCCUAGUUGAGGCGUAUUUUCUUUUUAAAGGCGUACUUAUUAAUCUAGACGUACUAAUUUGCAUAAUUCAAGCUAAAUUACGCCCGGAGUACGCCUCAGGUACGCCAGUAUUUUCCAUAGGAUUUGUUGUUUUUUGUACGGGUGUAUUUUUGCUAGAGACGUAUUUCCUAGUUGAGGCGUAUUUUUUUUUUUAAAGGCGUACUUAUUAAUCUAGACGUACUAAUUUGCAUAAUUCAAGCUAAAUUACGCCCGGAGUACGCCUCAGGUACGCCAGUAUUUUCCAUAGGAUUUGUUGUUAAAAAUCUAGCUGGACUUUCAGAAUUAUGGGUACGCCAGGAAAUUUUUAAAAUUACGUGAGCAAAUUUUCGUACGGGUUAUAUUGAAUUCUGUAUUCAACUGGGAACCAGUGAAGAUCUAUUAGAACAGGAGUAAUAUGGUCUGAUUUUUUUUAGCGUGUUAUUAAUCUUGCAGCUGUGUUUUGUGCCCUCUGAAGUUUGCUGGUGUGUUUAGAAUGAACACCAUAAAGCAAUGCAUUUCCGUAAUCUAAUCUGGAUGUAACUAGCGAGUUUACUAGAGUUUUACAUGCUUCAUCAUUGAUAAAUGUUAAAAGUGUAAUUAACACACACAAAAUAAAAAUAAAAUGUGAUAAUAUGUUUAUAUAUAAUAUUGGGGGCAGGGUUUGACACUAAGGCACACCCGACCGACCGAGACUACUAAAUGAUAGGUCUGGUCGGGUAAAAUGUUUAUUUACUAGUCCGACUGGUCAUGUUAAAAAUAUGAACAAAUUUAAGAAACUUUACUUUAAAUCAUAAGAUAUUUUAUUCAUAAAAAAAAUAACUGUACAGAGUUUGCGAGCAAUUUUGAACCGCAUGAUGACAUAAUCUCUAUCUUUAGUUCUAAUAAGUCGUAAGUGAUGUUCUACGACAUCUACACAUUGUUAAUGUGUGUAAAGUUAUGUUUUGGUUAAAUAGAAUUAUUGAAUUCACUUUCAUUAAAAAAAACACCAAAACAGUUCAUUUGAAUUGAAUAUAAGAAAGUGUUUAUUAAACAUAUGUGCGGGAAUGUCUAUAUAAUCAAAUAUGAAAUCUCGUCCUCAAUGAAAGCAAAAUAUGUCUCAAGAAAGAAAAAAAAGGAAAACGUUGGGAAGAAACAAAGCAGCUAGGGCUUAUGAAAUAGAGAUUUAAAAAAAAAUAUUGAGGUCAAUUUAUUCUAAAUGGAUUAAAGAAUUUCCGUGCCGGUAAAAAUUUAAUGAAACUGAAAAUAGGGUUGCAUGAAAGUAAAAGCAUCAAAUUGAAUGACGAGAUUAAAGAUUUUUUUGAGACAAUUAAAUGCAUUUUAGUUCAAACUUAACCUUUUUCAUUUAAAUUAAGUACAUGUAUUUAGAUAUGGAGAAUCUUAUAAGAUUUUUUUCUGGAACGUUGGUCAGGGCUAGUGGAUGUAAGGUCAGGUCUAGCAAAAAUCCUUUUAAGUAGCCCGAUUGGUCUAGUGCCCCAAAAAGUUAAUGUCAAACCCUGGGGGGCGAGUGUCUCAAGAGAAGGGGGCGACUUGUCCUGAGAGAGGGCGAGUUGUCCUAAGAGGGGGCGAGUUGUCUUGGGGGCGAGUUGUCCAGCAUUCGAAUUCUAUUGGUAUCAAUUAUAUAGUAGGCCUAGUAAGAAUACUAUUCUUCUUCUAUUCAGUAGAAAUAGAGCAACACAUACAAGAAUAUUUAAGCUUACAUUUAUGUAUAGUAGUCUGGUACCACUAAAUAUAUUAAGUUGAGUGUUCAUAAUAUGUUAAAAAUUCAGAUCAUGAUGUUUAUUUACAUGUCAGAGGGCAUAAACAUGCACCAUACUUUUCAUGAAGCACCAACACUCUUCAUGAAGUAUGCUGGUGUAAAGCGCAGCAGUUCAGGGUACCUGUAAAGUGCGAAACGAAACGAAAUAUACCGAAACGAAACGAAAUCCACCGAAACGAAACGAAAUAUGUCGAAAGGAAACGAAACCCACCGAAACGAAACGAAACCUACCUAAGCGAAAUGAAACAAAUUGUAUAACCGAACUCUUUUAAUUAUAAUAAUUAAAAAUGGCAUCUUAGGCCCCUGUGAAAGUUACCACAUAUCAAUAAAAUUCGCCUCCCCUUUGAUGCUUAACUGAUACAAAGUUUUAAAAGUUGGAAGGGUGGGGUGGGGGGUGAGUAAGCACAAAGUACAUAAAUA